UCUUCCUUCCUUCCUUCCUCCUCGUCUCUCUCUCUCUCGCUCGCUCUAGGGUGGGUUUCGUUUUGGGCGUUUCUUUCUCUGGAAGCGUGCAUCUGCUUGAGGAAAGUAUCGAUCUUGACUUUGUGUCAAUCCCCCAAUUGAGGUCCCGUCGUUCGUUUUUCUCCUCAUUGCUCUGUGGGUUCUGCGCAUGUUUUAGACUUUUAAGUCAAAAAGAUCAUCGCUUUCUGCGUACCAAUGGAUGGACCGUUGCCUGUGAAGGUUCCUGGCAACCAGGGCGAUGAUGCUACGUCUGUCUCUUGGUAUCUUUCAAGGCGAGAAAUCGAAACUAACUCACCGUCAAGACGAGAUGGUAUGGGUUUGAAAAUGGAGAUUCGCCUACGCAAGUCUUACUGUACCUUCUUGAAAAAUCUCGGUGUGAGAUUGAAAGUUCCCCAGAUAACAAUAGCCACUGCUAUUGUAUUCUGUCACCGCUUCUUCCUUCGUCAGUCACACGCUAAGAAUGACAGAUGGACAAUUGCAACAGCAUGCAUGUUCCUUGCUGGGAAGGCCGAGGAAACUCCACGGGUUUUACAAGACGUUGCUAUUGUCUCUUAUGAGAUAAUACACAAGAAGGAUGUUCCUCCUGCCCAGAGAAAGGAAGUAUGUGAGCAACAGAAAAAGUGUGUGUUAAGCGCAGAGGAGCUAGUUCUUUCUACGUUAAACUUCGAUCUCAGUGUUGGUCACCCUUACGAACCUCUGAUAGACGCAAUUAAGAAGUAUAAGGUUGAAGAGGUUAAGUCCCAGUUUCCUCAAGUUGCAUGGAGUUUUGUCAACGAUUGUUACGGGACGACACUCUGCCUGCAAUAUAAGCCUCGUCAAAUAGCAGCAGGUGCUUUUUUCCUUGCUGCUGAGCACCUAACAGUGGACUUACAAUCAUACGGAGAGGGCUUGUUUCAAGAGUUUGAUACCACACCUGGUCAACUAGAGGAUAUCCGUGGCCAGAUGCUUGAGCUUUAUGAGAAAAAGCAUGUUUCUACAACCCAAGGAAGCAUAGUCGAAAGAAGCAACGGUGGAGAGAUGGUGCAUCAACCUGUCUCAAAAGAAGUGGCUUCCACAGAUAAAUGUCCAAGUUCUGAUACUGGAGGAGGAGGCCCAUCCAAAGUCAAUCUAAGCCAGAGCAAUGAUCAGAUAGUGGACGAUGAUGUGUCUAGGCCUGAAGGAAUUGAAAAGGACAACUCAAAAAUAGAAGCUGGAGAGAAUCCAAACGGCCAUUCUAUUGAUGAAGACUCGCAACUGCGUGCAGAGGAGGUCAAGGAUAAAGGAGAGAAAGAUAAAAAGUCAGAUGAAGGUAUAAAGAAAAUGGAUUUGUCUGAAAGAGGAGCAGAAGAUGUGGAGGAGCUGCGUGAUGAAGAUGACAAAACAGUGGAGAUGGGAAGUCAAAGCUCUCUAAUAGCAACACAAGUGUAGAACACAGUGAGAUUAUCCUAGAUGCUCAGGUGCUCAUGUUGAAUUGAUGGCUGGUGUUUCUCUGAUGAAUUGACAAAGGUUUGACGGAGAUGGUCGUUGAAGAUGGUGUGAAGUAGUGGUAUUAGAUUUUUUUUCUUUUAGUUAGAAGCUUUGGAAGAACGGUGUUGGGCAUUAAGAAGAGCUUUUAGGUAGGUGAGUUUUGAAGAAUUUAUGUUUUCACCAAAACAACUAGAUGGUUUAGUUUCAAGAUUCCUUGAGAAUUGUCAAUAUAAUGUGUAAUACGACAGUGUUCUCUAACUUCUUACAGUUACUAUGAAAUUAGAUUUGGAUGAUGGCUCAUA